AUGGAGAGGCAUCAUAUGGAGAGUGCAUCUUACGAUACUCCAGGAGCCUUGAUUUCAUCAGAACUUAGUCCUAACAAUAUUGGUUCUCGACUUCCCUCAAUUGCGAUACUACACGACUCUCAUGGCACUCGAAGUAAGCACUCAUUAGAGAUACUUACUACGUCACCAGAGCAUGUAGACUACAUGAAUCCAAAUCAAACGGGAGUCAAGGGCCCGGGCCUGCGACUCUCGAAUAUGACUUAUAAAGUUCCUGGGUAUGCAAGCCACUCAAGAUCCGGAAAUCCUUCUGGUGCUAGCAAGGAUCUUGCUCCAACGUCGCAAGCAUUUACCUUUGUCAACGUGCGAACCUCAACAGGUAAACGUGACUGGGCUGCAGAGUCGCAGAUACGCUCCCAUGCCAUGAAGCGUGUCCAACGACAACGCCAGAAUGCUAAGCGAUUGGUGAAGUCAGGAUCGACGAGCGGCCCUCAAGCUGGGGAAGUGAGUCCAAUCACGGGCCAGAGCGCACGUGCCUGCAAGUGUGGUGAUAUCGGGUGUUCUAAUACGGAGUAUACACCCAGAAAUUCGUGGACACUUGAGACUGAGUCUAGUCACAAUAUGCCCCUGUCGACAUCUUGCAACCGUCCACGAUCUGAAGUGGUGGCCAUGCACGGUGCUGAAGCAGCUCAUGCACCAAUUUUUGCACCAAAGGCACUCGGAUCCCCGUUUCUUAGCCUGUUCCAAAAGCCAAAACUCCAAAUGAAUCCGCGCAUGGAAUCUCUCGUGUGCUACCUGUUAUCAACAUAUUUUCAGCUUACUAUGCCUUCCAUCUAUGGGCGGGGUUCUCAGUCAGGUUCUAUUGGUGCAUGGAGGCACGGACUGAGGCUAUGCCUCUCCGAUCAAGCCAAUCUACAAGUAUGGUGCUCAAUAUCUGCAUAUCACAAGGCCGCCCAAAUGAUGUCGCUACCAAGCUCGAGGGCAAGUUCCAUGCGACAUGUGAUCCGCCAACAGCAGGAAGAAGCCAGUCAGCACUUGCAUAAUUCGAUGAGACUGCUCAAUCGGCAUUUUCAGGAAAACAAAGGAGCUCCAAGUCUCUCUUCGGUCCUUGCUGUCUCCUCCCUCAUAAUCGCAACGGCCCUGUCAGGCGCAGUCGAUGCGAUGCAAACACAUCACGAUGGGUUGGUCAAAAUGAUCGAAAUGCGAGGUGGUGUAGAAACCUUCCCUCGUAUCGAGGCCAUCGGUCUAUCUCGUAUCGACUCCAAUGCAGCCUGGACUGAAGGCCGGCGACCUAGGCUUCCUGUGUACAUCAACCCUGUGCCGCCUGAACGCUCAUUUCAUCAGGCUGUAAGCAUGUCUCCAAGCCUGCAAGGAUUUCUUGUGAAUUCUCCACUCUUCGCCGUCGCUCGCGAUUUGCAGAUGGUGUCCCGCACGUUGGAAGUCCUCGCUCAAGCGGACGCAUCGCUACCACGCGAGGAUGCGAUCUGGUAUGAGGAUCAAUUUGCUGUUAUUCAGCACGGUUUAGCCGAUUUUCCUUAUUUCGACCACGAUGUCGAUGCCUCGGUCUGGUACCAUCGGCGAAACAGCUGGCGAAAUGCUGCAUUUAUCUACCUUAACACUGCAAUCCGCACGUCCCCAUCCAAGGCCCUCUUGAAAUUAGCCACGAGCCGACUGAUUUUCUCUGUGAACAAGUCAGACCUUGGGCAGUGGUGGGACACGCACAGUGAUAUCUUGCUCUGGGUAUUAUCAAUGGCGUUGAAUGGGGCUUGUGAGGAUGAAGACAAAAGUGUGCUUCAACUCCGAAUCCGCCAAUUGAUAAGACAUAUGCGGCUUCCAUCAUUUCAGAGCUUGCGGGAUGUUCUAACGCAGCAGAUGUGGAGAGAAUCGGUGCUUGACCAGCCCUUGAGAGAUGCAUGGACCGUCGAUGGGAGAUGA